UACUAUUACCAUUACAGUUACAUUGAACCACAAAAGAUUUCAUUCCAUUCCAUCCGUGUAAAAGAAUUCCUUUCUCUACUUCUCUUCUUCUGAGUUCUCCUGAAGCUUUCUCCUCCUCUGCUUCUCCACACCACUUCUCUUCAGCUCUCUCCUCCGUCUUCAAGUCCAUCACGACUCAUUCCCCUCGGCAGCACUCACCAUUUGCUUAUCUCUCAAUCUUCUCCAUCAAAAUCCAAAACUUCAGGGACAUAUACUUGGGGUAUAUGAAAAAUUUAAUCUACAUGGAGAAGAAUAAGUGGUUAUUGUAACAAUUCAGAAGAGGUCAUUAGUCAAAGUUUUGGUUCAUAUAUAUUUUCAUUUAUUUUGAGCUAGAAAACUGCUGCAGUUACUCAUUCUAAACCAGAUAGACCUUUAUAGUUAUAUACAGUAUACUCAUAUUUUGUACCAUGAAUUCUCUCCUUUUAUCUUCCUCCCUCUGCCUGAGUCCAUCAUCCAUCUCCCAGUUCCCACCUUAUCGUCAAACACAGCCUCAUAAUCUUCACACGAAUCAUAAUCAACAAUGUUAUCAUCUUCAUUAUCCUUCUUUAGCUCACCCUUUCAUUUCUCACAAAUCACUACAAAUUCGACGAUCCAUUGGUGAAACAAUUUCUCCUAAUGAAGGGGCAAUACCUGUAAUGGAAUUCGAAGAUUUUGUCGAAAAGGAUUGGUCUUUCCUUGAUUCAGAGGAUCUCAUUUCCAGUCAAGAUUACAACCAUAAGCUUAACCGGAUUAUAUCAUCUGGAGAGAUUGAAAACAGUUCAAGAGUAAUGGUUUCUGCUGCUGCUGAAGGAUUUGUGGAUCAGUUGGUUGAGUCUUCGCCUUGCAAUCUCUUGCUUGUUGUCCAUGAUUCUCUUUUUGUGUUAGCUGGGAUUAAAGAGAAGUAUGACAAGGUUAAAUGUUGGCAAGGAGAACUUAUAUAUGUACCAGAAAAAUGGGCUCCUUUAGAUGUUGUGUUUCUGUACUGUCUUCCUGCCAUACCCUUUACCUUUGACCAAGUGUUGGCUGCAGUAGGAAAGCAUUGUUCUCCAGGUGCAAGAUUGGUGAUUAGCCAUCCACAAGGAAGAGGAGGACUAGAGCAACAGAGAAAACAGUACUCAGAUGUAAUAGUAUCUGACUUGCCUGAGAAACCAGCUUUACAGGAAGCUGCAUCUAAUCAUUUUUUUGAUUUAGUUGAAUUUGUGGAUGAUCCUGGAUUCUAUCUUGCUGUUUUGAAGCUCAACAAUGCAGGCUGAUUUUAUCUUUCACUUAAGCUCAAUUUGACUUGAUUUAUGAAUAGAACAAUUCCUUGAAGAUAUAGAUUUUUCACUCCUUUAAGGAGUUUACAUAUGAAAAAGGAAAAAAAAAUGUUUACAGGAGCCAUAAUUAUUUUAUGACACGUGAGAUAUUUGCA